UCGGAAACCCUAACCCUAGGAGAGGAGAAGAAGGCUCGCUCGCCCCCCCCUACUUGGCCGGCGCGCGCGAUGGGGAGGAGGAAGGAGCGCCGCCUGGCGGCCAUGGCGUCCGCGGGCGGCCGCAGGGUGAAGCUCGACCUCUUCCGCGAUCCCUCCCCCGGGGAGACACCUUCGAAAGAGGGAGAGCGAGGGGAAAACCAUGACCAACAAACUGGGGUUCCCACUUCACCAUCUUCUUCAGGUGGGUUUCAUCAGUUUCCUUCCAAGGGAUUUGUAAAGAAGACAUGCCUAUGGAACCUAAAUAUGGUGGAAAUUUGGAAUUUUUGUACAAGCAUAUAUAUUCUCCACAUUUCUGGUUGAGGCACAUGUAGGGUUCUGGCCUGCAAGGAACAUUGGGUAAUUUCUUCAGAUCGGGCUGCUACUGUCAAAAUUGAGUUAAUGCCUAUGGGUAAUUUCUCUUUUGGCAGCCUCUAAGCGUGCGGAUCAGAAUGUGAUUGUUGCCUCCUCGAUAAGAAGGAGAAUCCUCUUGCGUUGCUUGGGCAAUAUAGUGAUGAUGAAGAGGACGAGGAAGCAGCAGAUCAACCCAAUGAUGAAAUGGAGGGUAAUCCUGCAGAUGCAGGUGCUAAGAUUACUCAUGAACAUGGUGACUCAGCUGGGGAUGAAGGCAAUGCACAAAGUGAUCUAGCUAGUUCUGCUAGUGCCCAACAAGAGUUAACUGAAGCUGAUGAAACAAAAUUAACUGGAAAUAUUUCUGAAAAAAAUGUUGUUGCCCUGAAGCCAACUUUGGAAGAUGGGAUUGCAACAGCAAGUCAAGCUAUUCCUGAUUCAUCUGGGAUGCAAAUUGUUGGUGACAUUGGUGGGAAUUGGAAAACUGUAAUGCAUGAACAGAGCAAUCGGUGUUACUAUUGGAAUACAGUUACUGGAGAAACUUCUUGGGAGAUUCCUAACGGGUUAGCUUCAGAAAUUGCAGCUGACAGCAUCACUUCUGCAUCUGCUCCUACUCAUGUAGACUACUCCAUGGAAGUGCAAGCACAUGCCCUUACCCACAAUGCUGUGGAAGCUUAUCCAAGUGAUAUGUCUGUACUAGAUGGUUCAGUAGCUUAUGCUACGCUGGGAACAGGACAGCCGGCUCAUGAUGCUUAUGCUUAUGCUGGAUCUGUCACUAGUCAUGAGUCGACAGACAUUGAUCCUUUGCAGCUUUCAAGAUAUGGUGAGGAUUUGCUGCAAAGAUUAAAACAACUAGAAAGGCUGCAUGGUUCCAUUUACAAUUUUGAAUUGGUAAAAAGAGAGAUUGAGAUACGAAUAUCAGACUGCCAUGCACUUUCAUCUUAUGGAUCUUCUUUGCUUCCAUUGUGGUUGCAUGCUGAGGUACACCUUAAGCAGCUAGAAUAUUCAGUUUCCAAAUUAGAAGCUAGUUACUCUACCACUGGACCUAGACAUCCAGAGGCAACAGACAUGGAACAGAAAACACCUAAUGAAGCUGAAGCAACACUACCUUCCAAAGGCGAGGAUUUGAAAUCUGAGGUGUGCGCUGGUGCUAUGAUGGAUGCAAAUGUUAAGACCGAGGAGCCAUUUCCAACAUCUUGUCAGAAAUCAGAAGAAAUCGAUACUGCAGCAGUACCAUCAAAUAUUGAAUUGGAUGAUGAAGAUAUGGAUGUGGAAAUGGAAGUUGAUGAUGAAAAUAUUGAAGAGCACUCUAGUUCCAUUCCUAGUAAGGAACAUCCUCCAUCAGAGCAAGUGCAGUCAGCAACUUCAUUAUCACCAGAAGUUUCAGCUGCACCCCCAGAGGACAGCGACAUUCCUCCUCCUCCACCACCACCAGAAGAUGAAUGGAUUCCACCUCCACCACCUGAGAAUGAACCAACUCCUCCGCCUCCUCCUGAAGAACCUGAGCCUGCUGUGCAGUAUAUCUCAACUGAAACAAUCCCACAGUCCUAUGUAGGCCAAGCAAACUUGGGUUAUACAGUUCCUGGAAUGGAGUACUAUGUUGCUGCAGGUACAGAAGGUACAAAUGCCAGCUAUUACAUGCAAACAAGUGAGUCCCAUGUCGUUCAAGCACAGCAGAAUGGUUACUAUGCACCAGUAUCUGCAAGUGGUGUGUCUAUUCCUGUUGAUGCCACAUCUGUUGCUCCAGUACCUGUUUCUUACUAUAGCUAUCCUUCGGUCACUACGGCUGCUACUGGAGUAGCAGCUGAGCCUUCUGAAUACUAUGCUGCAUCAGUCUCUGCCACUUCUAGCAGUGUAUUAGAUAACAGAACAAGCUCUUCCAACCUUGCUCCAGCAAAUAAUAGUUUGCAGCCCAAGGAGACUGAUAAUAUCAUAUCCAAGGAGGCAAAGAUUGCAUCUUUGAGCCAACUUGUGGGAACAACAUCUGCAUCAGGAACAACAUCCAUACAGGGGAGUUCUACACAGGCUUCUACAAGUACCACCAAUAAUAGUAAAGUCAUUCGUAGCAAGAAGCGAGCUGUUGCUGCAUCACUGAGAUCUAACAAGAAGGUUUCAAGUCUGGUGGAUAAGUGGAAAGCUGCCAAGGAGGAGCUUCGUGAUGAGGAGGAUGAAGAGCCUGAAAGUGCUUUAGAUGCAUUAGAAAGAAAGCGUCAAAAGGAUAUUGAUGAGUGGCGCAAGCAACAGAUAGCCAGUGGAGAAGCUCAAGAAAACGCUAAUUUUGUUCCCCUUGGCGGUGACUGGCGUGAUCGUGUGAAGCGCAGGAGAGCGGAAGCAAAAAAGGAGGCAAAGAGUGAGCCUAUUCCUGCACCAGUGAGCGUCACUGAUCUGCAUAGAGGACAACCUGAUCUUGCUGAACUCUCGAAAGGUCUCCCUUCUGGAUGGCAGGCAUACAUGGAUGAAUCUACAAAGCAGGUGUACUACGGGAGCAGCCUCACAUCAGAGACGACAUGGAAUCGACCUACCAAAUGAAAAGAUAGGACUUGGAAGUCUAGAACAUGUUUUGCAGUUUCUGGUUGGUCAACGGUCGAUCCACUUAUUUCCCUCUGUAGAUAAUCCUCUGCCCUACACUAAUUAAUUCUUCUAAAGAGCGAAGCUGUAGCUGGCUUAUUUUUGAGAGGCAAAAAGUUUUGUAUGUUUGAAAAAUUUAUGUGGAUCGAUGUUUCUUCUGUGUUUAAGAUGCUAGAGAGCUUCAAGAAAGCCUUGUGCGUCUUCGUCUUUGGAUAUUAGUCUAGACCUAAACUUUAUUAGUGGUGGUGAAUGUACUGCCUACCACAUCACAAACUCCUAUCUCCUAUUUUUUG